UAUUGCGCGAAACAGCACCAACAUGCCUUUCUAUAUAUACCACCACCUACUCUCUCAGAGAAACACUGCUUCAGAUCUUCCAUUUACAUUGUAUCUUGUCGUUCAUACUCUUUACGCCAUGUAUAUCUAUGCGCAAAAAUUUCAUAGAGCCUUCUCUUCUUCCCCGGACAGUCUUCCGCGCAUCGUCAUACCAAUCUGGGUUGAAGUCGUGCUUUCCAAAGGAUGAUUCAUUGGCUGCAUAAUGAUGGGCUAAGUACGUUCAUCAUCUUAACUGGUUCAAAUUUUGAGAGUUCCUACAGGGGUGCAAAGAAUAAUGAGAUGUGCCUUGGAAUUUUUUGAAGAAGCAAUAAUGUCGUGGAACCUCUUAUAAAGCCCCAAUGGUUUGUCGACUACAAAAUUAUGGCCAAGUAGGCUUUGGAUGUUGUUAUGGGUGAUUAUAAUCGAAAACUGGAGAUCAUCCCAAAGAAGUAUGUUGAUGAAUGAAAAAGAUGGCUUGAGAACUUUCGUGAUUGGUGCAUCUCAACACAACAUUGGUGGGGUCAUCAUAUUCCUUCUUGGUAUAUGACACUGUGUGAUAAUGAUCAGAAGGAAUUUGUUGUCUCUGAUGAUCAGUAGCUUGUUGCUAGAAAUGAAGAGGGAGCUCGAGAUUUGGCUGGUAGGAAAUCGGGAAGUAGAUUGUUGAGCUCUGUCAAGAUCCAAAUGUGUUGGGUAACUGAUUUUCAUCUGGAUCCUAAGUUUCUGUCGGAAAUGUCAAGAACUUAUCAAUCUGUGAAAUGUGAUAAGGCUUGUCCCUGUGACCUUAAAAGGCAGCAAUGUAUUUAUGAAAGACUAUAUGCUGAGAUAAGUUCAAGAUUUGGGUUGCUUGGAGAGGACAUCUUAUCUUUUGGAAAUCUUAGUGAGCUUGGACCGCAACGAGCUGUUUUUGGAUCUGAAAUUGCGGAAACUGGUGAUAUUUACACCCAACGUGCAGAUGGUAUAAUGGGCUUGGGCCCAGGGGAUGUCAGUGUAGUUGAUCAACUUGUUGAAAAACAUGUAAUCAGUGAUUCUUUCUCCUUGUGCUAUGGAGGUAUGGAUUUUGGUGGUGGGUUGAUGGUUCUUGGUGGAAUAAACCCCCCAGCUCACAUGGUCUUUACUAAAUCAGAUUUUGGUCACAGUCUCAGAUGGCAACAGCCUGUACUACAAUAUUUAGCUGAAGGAGAUACUUGUAGCUGGGAAGCCGUUGAAAAUAAAUCCUCGGGUUUUUGGUGGAAAACAUGGGACUAUUCUUGAUAGUGGUACAACCUAUUCUUACUUUCCAGAAGCAGCAUUUAUAGCUUUCAAGAGUGCUGUAAGAUAUUGUUAUCUACAUAUUUGCCAAUAUUUCUAUCAUUUGUUUGAUCCUAAUCUGCCUGAAAAAGAGUAGCGGUGGAAAAACGCUAUUGGUGAGAAGAAUAGGGUUAUGAGCUACGUACACCCCACUCUCCCCAGACCCCACUCGUAUGAACACUGGGUAUGUUGUUGUUGAUGUUAGGAGGUAAUAUUUUCAAUAUAUACAGAGUUCCUUGCAAGUUUCUAGACAUCUUUGAUGUUGUAUUUCAUUGCUUUUGCUACAUUAUGUUUAGUGAACGGAAAAGUGGAUCAUUAGGGGGUUAUAUCUUUAAAUGCAACUAAGUCUAUGCCUUUCUGGAUGAGCCUCUUCACUUUUCUUUUCAGGUGAUAAAAGAGCUUCAUUCUCUUAAACAGAUCAAAGGGCCUGAUCCUAGUUUUAAUGAUAUUUGCUUUUCAUGGGCUGGAAGGUAUUAUAUGAAGAAUUCUGAAAUUAAUUUGACAUCUUAUGAUUUUCUUGUUUAAAUUUGUUUUCUUCCUAUUGUUGGCGUUACCCAUAUUAUUAUUAUCAUAUAUGUUCCAGCGACAUUUCACUACUCGCAAAGAACUUUCUGCUUGUUGAUAUGGUAUUUAGGGAUGGAAAUAAACUAAUCUUGUUUAAAUAUCUUUUCUUCCUACUGCUGGUUUUACCCAUAUUAUUAAUAUUAUAUAUAUUCGAGCGACGAGUCACAACUCGUAAAGAACUUUCUGCCUGUUGAUAUGGUAUUUGGCGAUGGAAAUAAACUAACUCUCUCUCCUGAAAACUACUUGUUCCAGGUAAGCAUCUUAUUCUGCUUUAGUACUUUAUUAACGAUCUUGCCCGACACUAUUUUGGAGUCAGAUCUACUGGCUUCUUUUUCUUUUUACUAUUUUGUAUUGAUUAUCUUCCCCCUUUUCCAUUGUACCUUGUAUGUUUUAAAGCACUUCAAAGUACGUGGUGCUUAUUGCCUAGGAAUUUUCCCGAAUGAAAAGAAUCCAACUAGUCUUCUUGGAGGUACUUCUCACUACUUGACAAGACAGAAUUCAUCUCCUCCACCUCCAUCUCCAUCUACACCAGUGGUUUCAUGCUUGGACAACCGAAACUCCACUGCACAUAUGUCUCCUUCGCCAGCUCCUAGCGGACCUCCUGGGUACAAUAUACCUGAUCAAAUUACUGCAGCUAAUGUUGCCGAAGAGUGUUUACUAGCAUCUUUGAAAGCAGACUCGAAAGCAGCUCACAUUUGGACAAGUGUAGCUAAUGCUUAUUACUUGAUGAGUGAUCAUAGGAGCUCUGCUAAAUGCUUGGAAAAGGUAGGAAAAAUUGAACCCAAUUGUUUAGCAGUAAGAUAUGCUGUUGGAGUUCACCGCAUCAGGGAUGCAGAAUCUCAAUGAGCAGCUCUCAUGGGCGGGUAUUGAGAUGGAGUUCAUCUCAUAUAAUGUAUAAGCUUGUUGUAUAUUUUGAAUUAUGAUAUUAUUAAUGAAUGAUUUUGUUUUGUGAUGUGUA